GCAGCAGCAGCAGCCAGAGUUCUGCAGACUCAGACUCAGACUCUGAGAGCAGGAGCUGCUCACGCCGCCCUCCUGUGGCCUGUGAGGACCAUGUCUCUCCGUCAGGCUGUGGUCACCUGUGUGUCCCUGCUCGUCCUCGUGUGUGUGAGUGUGAACGAUGGGAUGCCGGAGCCGAAGCAGAGGGAGCAGCUGAUGCGUCAGGAGACGUCCAGACAGACCGGAGGUCACGUGACCCUGACGGCGGCCGAGCGGCGGCUGGACGCUCGUCUGCAGCGGCUGAAGCAGCGCGAGAUGUCGGCGGCACGAUUCCCUCCGUCCAUUCACUUCUUUAAAGCCAAGCCGCUCAUUCACGAGAGUUCAGUGUUCAAGCUGCUGCAGCAGAUGCCGAAAGGCGCCGCACUGCACAUCCACAGCUCGGCUCUGGUGAGCGUGGAGUGGCUGGUGAAGAACGCCACCUACAGGCCUCACUGCCACGUCUGCUUCACGUGGGACAACUCGGUCCGCUUCCUGUUCUCCGAGCGCCCGCCUUUCCCGCGAUGGGACUGUUUCCACUGGCAGCUGCUGGAGAAGCUGAGGGCCACGACGAAGGACCCGAGCGCCUUUGAUAACAGAUUAAUGCAGCACCUCACUCUCUUCACCGACGACCCAGACUCCGAAUAUCCGGACCAGGACGCCGUGUGGCAGAAGUUUGAGAACGCGUUCAUGGCAGCUGCAGGGCUGGUCCGUCACGCUCCUGUGCUGAGGGACUACUACUACAAAGGCCUGGAGGAGCUUCACCAGGACAACAUCAUGUACCUGGAGCUGCGGAGUGGACUGUCUAAGACGUACGAGCUCGACGGAACCGUCCACGACAAGAUCUGGACUCUGAGGAUGUUUCAAGACGUUGUGGAGAAGUUCAAAGACGAUCAUCCAGACUUUCUUGGAGCCCGAGUCAUCAUUUCUGUCCACAGAGCGCUGAGUGUCUCCGAGGUCAAAGACGCCAUCAGAGAGACCAUUGAGCUGCAGAAGGACUUUCCAGAUGUCGUGGCAGGAUUUGAUUUGGUUGGCAGGGAGGACGCUGGGAGGACACUGUGGUCCUUCAGAGAGGCUCUGUCUCUGCCCGUGGACAUGGGAGUCACACUGCCAUACUUCUUUCACGCAGGAGAAACAGAUGAUGAAGGCACAGAUGUCGAUCAGAACCUUCUCGACGCCCUCUUGUUCAACACCACACGUAUCGGUCACGGCUUCGCUCUGGCACAUCAUCCACUUGCCAAAGAGUUGUCGAGGAAACACGACGUGGCUGUGGAGCUGUGUCCCAUCUCAAACCAGGUGCUGAAGCUGGUGUCAGACCUGAGGAACCAUCCCGCCGCUGUGCUGAUGUCUGAGGGUCAUCCCAUGGUCAUCAGCUCCGACGACCCGUCUCUGUUUGGCACCACGGGUCUGUCGUACGACUUUUACCAAGCGUUUGUGGGCAUCGGAGGACUGAAGGCAAACCUGGCCACUCUGAAAGAACUGGCCCUCAAUUCCAUCAGGUACAGCUCACUGCCAGCACACCUGAAGGACACGGGCAGUACUGCAUGGCAGAGGAAAUGGGACGUUUUUAUCGCAGAGAAUUCAUGAUCGCUGUCCAACAAUGUUUCCUUGGUUUCUCUCAGUCGUCACUGAUGUAUUAGUAAUUCCACGUCAA